AUGGCGUCUUCACUCUUAAGAAAACACUGCGGUGCAAUUUGCUCGAGCCCAAGAGCAAAACCCUCAGUUUUACACUCUUUCUGUACAAAAAGUCUAUUCUCUGAACAAUCCGAGUCCGACAGCGAGUCUUCCCAUCCCUUUUCAAGUAAGCAGAGGCCUAAUUUCGAUAGACCUCUCGAGAACGGAUUGGACAUCGGCAUUUACAAGGCAAUAUUGGUGGGGCAAGUGGGGCAGAUUCCUAUACAAAAGAGAUUAAAGAGUGGUCGGAUGGUUACACUGCUUUCACUUGGUACUGGGGGCAUUCGAAACAACAGGAGACCCUUAGAUAACGAGGAACCCAGGGAUUAUGCAAAUCGGUCUGCGGUGCAGUGGCAUAGGGUCUCAGUUUAUCCUGAGAGAUUGGGGGAACUUGCGAUGAAAAAUCUUCUUCCAGGUUCCAUCCUGUAUGUGGAGGGGAAUCUGGAGACAAAAAUCUUCAAUGAUCCCAUAACUGGUCUUGUUCGGCGAAUAAGAGAGAUUGCAAUACGCCAGAACGGUCGUCUAUUGUUUUUAGGAAACGGAAGUGAUGCUGAGCAAACAUCGAAAACAGAUUUUAGAGGAGUUGGCUCUCAUACCCUUGAACCAUUGCACCUGUCCAAUGCAAGAGAAGAAAACGUAGGUCUAGAAGACUGUGCAUAUCAAACUCCAGCAAAGUGGGCAUUUCUUGAUGUAGCAAUUAAUGGAGAGCCUGUUGGUCGAAUAAUCAUUGGGCUAUAUGGUGCUAGUUAUAGGAGGAAAGAAUACGUUAAAAUCAUGCCAAACUACAUGCAACAUGGUGAACUAAGAUCUAUGGAGUUGAUGCAGAGCUUGUAA